AUGGAAUUGAAGAGAGAAAGAGAGAAAAGCUGAUAUAAAAGCUGAAUAUUUAAGGGCUAAAAGGAAAGCUGAUCAUCAAACCGAAAGAAAAGAAAGAAAAAAGGGCUUUUUUUUCCUUCCUCUCAUCUCAUGUUCUACUACUCUUUCCACCUCUCCCUACCUCUAACUAUAUCUUUCGCUUUCCCUCCCCUAAUGUCCAUCCUCCAUUAGCUUUUCUCUUUCCCUUUUUCAUUUUCCUUUUAAACUCUUCAACUUUACUGAGUAAGAAGAAAAAGCCAAGAUCAGCAGCAGUUGGCAAAGGAAAAAAUAUUGCUUUGCUUAGCCUCUUUGGCUUAUAUUAAAUAAGUUAAUCGCCCCAAGGAGAGGUUUUUCUGAAGUAAUUACCCAUGUUGGCCAAUAACUUUUGUUCUUCGGUUCCUUCUUCGGAGCCAUUUUCCUGUUUAGAGAAUGGUAAUAAUAACAAUAAGAGGACAAGAAGACCGGCAGGAACGCCAGAUCCAGAUGCAGAAGUGGUUUCUCUCUCCCCUAAAACACUACUAGAAUCGGAUCAUUACGUUUGUGAGAUCUGCAACCAAGGAUUUCAGAGAGACCAAAACCUACAGAUGCACAGGAGGCGACACAAGGUUCCAUGGAAGCUAUUCAAGAGAGAAACUCCAGUGGUGAGAAAGCGGGUGUUCGUUUGCCCGGAGCCUAGUUGCUUGCACCAUGACCCCUGCCAUGCUCUUGGUGAUUUGGUUGGGAUCAAGAAGCACUUCAGAAGAAAACACAGUAACCACAAGCAAUGGGUGUGCGAAAAAUGUUCCAAGGGCUAUGCAGUUCAAUCUGAUUAUAAGGCGCAUCUUAAAACCUGUGGCACCAGAGGCCAUUGUUGCGACUGUGGCAGAGUUUUUUCAAGAGUUGAGAGUUUCAUUGAACAUCAAGAUGCCUGCUAUAUGGGAAGUAUCCGGCCAGAACCACAAGCACUGCAGCCGGCUUGCUUGUCGCGAACAGCUUCAACCCCCAGUCCAUCCAGUGAUACCAAUUUCAAUAUAGCUCGUAGGCCUAGUUUGGUGUUGGCGAAGACAACAGAUACCAUGUUCUUGAGCCCUACAAAAGAUAAUUCCCCUAAAAAAGUGUACUACAACAAUUUGGAGCUUCAACUCUCAACCACAUCAAAUACCACUGAUUUCUCAUUUUCCCCUAAAAAAGAUGAUAAUCAUUCAACCCAGUUACAGCUCUCAGUUGGCUCAUCUGAUAUUGGCGAGAAAAUUGAACCAACUGUUACGUGUAAAAACAAGGACGCAAGCAAGAAAUCAACUCAUCAGGAGAUUCAUGAGAAACCAGACUUUGUUGCAUCGAGGCUAAAAGAACAAGCUCACCAGCAGUUAAGGUUGGCGAUCGCUGAGAAAGCUUAUGCUGAAGAGGCAACAAAGCAAACGAAGAGGCAGAUUGAAUUAGCUGAGCAAGAGUUUGCAAAGGCAAAGAGAAUUAGGCAACAAGCACAAGCUGAAUUGGAACAAGCUCAUGCAUUAAAGGAUCAUGCAAUAAAGCAAAUCAACUCCACCAUUCUUCAAAUUACUUGCCAUGCUUGCAAGCAGCAAUUUCAAGAAGAAGACCUCCCGAAGAGAACUCUCUAAUAGUGAGUUACAUUUCAUCAGCUAUAACAGGAGGUGAAGUCGAAAACAAUAUUCGAACAAACCUUACAAAGGCUACUUCUAACUCUAACCCAAUCUCUCCAUCUCAUCCGUAUCAUAAACCAAUCUCUCCAUCUCAACCGCAUCAUAUUCCACCUCUUUCCUUCUUAUAUCUACUGAUAUACCAAAAGUGGUUGUUUAGAUAAUCUUGCCUUGAUUAGUGGAGUGUUUUGUCCUGCAAUUUGUGUGAUGUAAUUUGUUCAUUAAUUUGGUUAAAUGGAAGCUCCUAGUGAUGGAUUUUGUUGGUGAAGUAUUCCAGGGCAUUCGGGCGAUAAGUUGAUCGAUUAAUGUUGAUGUUUCGAGCUUUUUUCUGAAUUCUUUAUCAUUUAAUUUACAAGAAUAACUGUUCCUCAUUAGUUUUUUCCGACUCUGGACUAUUACGUUGACUAAGGCCAGAGCCACUUGUAAAAGCUGAUUGUCCUUUGCCACAGCUUUUGAUUAUUUUUUAUGUUCUGCUUGGACUAUUUGGAGAUCUUUGUAGACUGAAUAAGUCAGAAAACGGAGGUGGCUUUCCCCUUCCGCAUUAAAGAAUAAUACUGACCACUGUGUAAUUU